AUGGAUCUAAGGACCAUUGUACCCUUCAACAGUUUACUAAUAUCCUCUCAACACAUCAACACUCAUUUUCGAACUCACAAUGCUCUAAAACUCUUGAACUUGUUAUUUCCAACCUUGGCGGACGACAUUCCUCCAAAUAUAUCUCCGAAAAUUCUCAAUCUCACGAUAAUCUAUCCUCUAAAUGAGGCAUCACCUCAGCACAAUGCCGCUUGUGUGAUGGUUCUCUCGUCAUAUCGUAUAUCCAUUGACACUACAUCUUUUGUUAGUUGCCGGCGGAAAUUGAGUAAAAAAUCAAGUCAGAUGAACGUAAGUCAUCUGCUCCCUACUUUAUCGCAAUAUGCAUUAUAUAGUGGAACUAAGAACCAUCCCACUGAACUCAGACAUGAAUUUAAAUCCAUGAAGAAACCAGGAGAGGUCCAUUUCCGGGAUGAUAUCACGAAUGCUCCAAAGUGCAAUGACUAUGAUCUGAAGGAGCUUGAAUAG